AUGCCGCAGCAAAACGAUCAGGAUCAAUACGAGCUUGUGCUCAACGCUCUGAAGUCUCAGAUCGGCCAUCUCCGACAUAGUCCCGAGAAACGCCAAUUAGUGAUUCAAAGGCUGAACUCACUCUCUAUUCUAUUCCGUGUCUGUGCGCGCAAGAAGGUGAGUUCUCGUCUUAGAUAUCUUUCUGAUAUCCUCCAAAGAGAUUUACCUAGGCAGGUUCGUCUGCUUGAAAGCAACUUGGACAGUGGUGUUAUCGUUGCAGAUGCUAUUGACCGAAUGAUCAACAGGGUUACUUCGCUUCCGGAUACUGCAUUUGACGAAGACCGAGGCUAUGAGGCUGAUACGGAGGCUAGUGAAGAAGAAAGCGUGAUGGAUCCAAGCGAUGACAACUAUAUCGCCCUAGUGCUGCUUGGGCCUACUUGGAAUGACUUAGUCGUUGAUGCUGAGGUUGAUAUGGAUUUGUGA